AAUACCUGAUUGGACGUUCACAAAUAUUCGAUAAACUAAUAUAAAUUUGCUAGCGUUCGCUGUUUUGUCAACAUUUAGACUCGCCACGCGCCAAGCUAAAGACUACUCGCAAUAUCACAAGCCAAAAUGCCGAUCAUCGAAAAUGAUUUUGAUUUCAAUGCAUUUGAAAAUCCCGAGGAAGCCGACGAAUGUUUCUUGGUAAAACGAUUAUCCCUCUACGCUACCAUUCGUCCCGACGAUCUAAAAUCUCUGGGUGCGGAUCUCAACUUGUCCAAAAAACAACGCGGGUCAGGCCGCCAGUCCCUGCAGGAUUUAUUCCGCCUGCCCCAGGUAAUACGCCAUGAUCCGCCCAUUGCAGAGGAGAGAGAGGGACCCGGUUCUUCCCAAGAGAGUCUGUCGACAGAGGAAACCACCCUGAUCACAGGGCGGGAGUUCGCCAUUCAAUAUCAGACGAAGGGCAUCCGGCCGCACGAUUUACCAGUGAUUGGUUUCCAUGUGGAUGCAAAAAUCUGUCCUGGAUUCCAAUACCGAGUCCGCUAUAUGGGGACGAAAGAUUUCCUGUUUGACGGAGAACCGCGCAUGCUCCAAUCCAUUGGCCUUGGAUAUGGAAAACGACUGACCUUCCGAGGAGAAACUCUGAACAACAACGAGAACUACUUUUGGUCAGACAGCCGACCGGAAGGAUACGCCUUCAAUAUCUCCGCAGUAGAAGCAGGCGACAAGUUCGUCAUGUAUGACGAGAUGUUACGUGUUGUUGGUGACGUAGACAUCCUCACUGUUGAUGACGAUCAGACGGAAAUAAAAACCGUGUACGAGACUGGUUGUGUGAAAAAGUUCGUACAUGUGCGCAUGACCGCCAACGUCCAGUACCAUAAUCGCCAUAGCUUGUUGAUGGACGUAACAGACCACGUGAUUAGUAUUGAGGGGACCGCAGAGGCUGUCCGUCAACGGGGUUCAGUGGAGGCCAAGACCCAACAAAUCACGGACGCACACAUACCCCGCCUCGGCAGGUGCACUCUGUGGAAAGACGACUGAAGGGAAGCAGACAACCGAGUCUUCAAGACAAUGAAUCUCACGGGCAAAAUACACACUGCAAAUUCCCCCACUGAGAGGCCUAUCGCACGAGACGUCAGCGAUGGUAAUCCCAUGCGUGUUCUCGUGCACAUGCGUAAUUACAAAUUGUAUGAAGCCCACGGACUGAUACCACAUUACUUUCAAUAAAUUUUUAAUUUGUAUACUGUUGAUGUUUUUAUGUUUAUUGUUUUUAUUGAAGAAUAAAAUUGUGCGAUUUCA